AUGCACGCAUUCCACCAAACCCUCCUUCCCUCCUCCUCAAUCCACCAUUCCUUGUUCCUACCGAAUUUCACCCCAUCUACAAUCUACCCUCUGCCAAAAUCAAUCAACGAAAACGUACCAGACGUCAAGGUGAUAGGGAAUCUCAUCGUAGCUGGAGGAGAGAUCCUACGGGUAUUCGAAAUUAGAGAAUUCCAGCGAUAUCCGGAUUUAGACCAUAUACAGAAUGGGAAUGUCGAUGGAGACGAGGAGAUGGAGGAAGGGGAAGAGAGGUUGGGUGAUGGAUUCUUCGAUGAUGGUCAUUCAAAGAGAGAUCCCGUUCAAUUGGAAACACGAAGGAAAUUACACUUGUUAGCCCAAUAUGAGCUGAAUGGUACUAUAACUGGGUUAUCUGCUUUGAGAACGAUAGAAAGUAGUGUAGAUGGGUUGGAUAGAUUGUUGGUAUCGUUCCAACAUGCCAAGAUGGCCCUCCUCGAAUGGUCAAGAGGCUCAAUAUCGACGGUCUCCUUGCACACUUACGAAAGAUGCUCUCAGAUGAUAUCAGGAGAUUUACAGACCUACGUUCCCAUGUUGAGAACGGACCCUCUAUCAAGAUUAGCGGUUCUCAGUCUGCCAGAAGAUAGUUUGGCGGUACUGCCGGUCUUGCAGGAACAGUCAGAAUUGGACAUGAUAGAAGGGUAUGCUCGUGAUGUUCCAUAUUCCCCCUCAUUCGUCUUGUCCCUCUCCGAUGUCUCGCCAAGACUCAAGAAUCUACAAGAUCUCCUUUUCCUUUCAGGAUUUCACUCGCCUACGCUUGCCCUGCUCUACUCUCCGCUACAUACUUGGUCAGGAAGGUAUCAAUCCAUUAAAGAUAACUUCUGUCUCGAAAUUCGUACUAUCGAUCUCAGUUCUGGUGGAACUUACCCUCUGCUCACAUCGGUAACCGGACUACCUAGUGAUUCGCUAUAUCUCGUGGCAUGCCCGGCUCAGCUUGGAGGAGUGAUGUUGGUAACUUCGACAGGUCUAGUACAUAUCGACCAAUCGGGACGUGUGAUCGGUACGUCCGUGAAUGCAUGGUGGAGCUAUGCAACAGCCCUCAAAUCAGAUCACCAAUCUGAAUCUAGGAAAAUAUCAUUGGAAGGUUCUAAAUGCUUGUUUGUCAAUGAGAGGGACAUGCUUUUGAUCUUGCAGAAUGGUGAUACACAUCAAGUUAGAUUCGAGAUGGAUGGCAGGAAUGUUGGACAAAUCAAGAUUGAUGAAUCGACCAGUACGGUCCCGCCGCCCUCGAGUGUCGUCAUAGCGGGCGAUAAAGCGUUGUUUGUAGGUAGUGCAGAAGGUGAUUCCCUCUUAGCCAAGAUCAACGAGGACAGAGAAGCUUUGUUGAAUGGCGAUCAGAGCGUGAAGAAAGAGGAAGUGAAAGACGAUAUGGACGUUGAUUGGGAUGAAGACCUCUACGGCGAUAUGAACGAUCCUUCGAAUGCUGGGCUAGCGAAUGGAUAUCAGAAAGAGAACACUGGACCUGCUAAGAUAUCCGUAUCCACCUAUGACGUACUGGAAGGUGUAGGCAAGAUCAUGGAUAUCGAGUUUGGGAUAGCAGCGACGGAUCAAGGGACUCGGACGUAUCCUCAGCUCGUGGCGAUAAGCGGUGGAAGCAAGAAAUCUACUUUGAAUGUAUUCAGACGUGGUAUCCCCAUCACCAAACGACGUCGGUUCAAUGAGUUAUCGUCCUCAGAAGCGGUGUGGUUCCUUCCGAUUGAUCGUCCUUCCGCCCUGAAGUUCAAGGACAUACCGGAUUCAGGACGUACAACAAUGUUAUUCAGCACGGAGCGGAAUGCUACACGAAUUUUUGCUUUGUCGAACAAAGCCAAUCCUGAACAGAUUGGUAGAAUAAACGGAAAAACACUCAAUGCAGCUCCAUUCUUCCAGAGAAGCUGUGUGAUGCAUGUUACCGCUGCUGAAGUGACUUUACUGGAUAACAUAGUAGAUGGAAAACCGAUACAGGUGAUUUGUCCUAAGUCGGACUUAUCGCCCAUAUCGAGCGCGAGCAUAUCGGACCCCUAUAUCGCAAUACGUAGACUGGAUGGAAGUGUAUCGUUCUUCGUUGGUGAUACUGUAGCCAGGACCGUGAUUGAGGUGCCGGUAGCAGGAGAAGGAUUUGAAACGCCUAAAUGUCAGGCAAUCGAGGUGUUCUCAGAUACGACGGGUAUAUACCGAACAUUCGAACCUGCUCAACCAGCAAUUUCAGUCGAUGCACCAAGUAUGGAAACCGCUAUAAAUGCUUCUAGAGGUACACAGUGGUUAUCUCUCUUAACCGAUAGAGGAGAACUCCAGAUACGUUCAUUACCUGAUCUGAAGGUGGUCCUGCAGUCCGAUGGCUUGGGCUCAUCUGCCCCGACUUUCACCGAUGAUCUGGUCGAUGGAGUGUUGAAGGACGAAGAUAUAGAGGAUGAAGUGAAACAGAUGGUGUUUUGUCCCAUUGGUAAGGGGAAUGUCCGACCUCAUCUAUUGGCGUUACAUCAGUCCGGACGAUUGAACGCAUACGAAGCACAACCUAGAUUCACUGUAGAUUCGUCGAGUCAAACUCGACGUUCAUUAGCUGUCAGAUUCCGCAAAGUACACACUCAACUAUUACCUAUCUCAGGUGGAUCAACCAGAUUGCCUUAUACGAUCAUUCCAUUCGACGAGAUUGAGGGUAUAACCGGUGCUUUUAUUACGGGAGAGAAGCCUCAUUGGAUUGUAUCGAGUGAUGCUCAUCCGCUGAGAACAUAUGCGUUGAAACAAGCUGCAAUGUCUUUUGGCAAGACUACGCAUCUGGGUGGGAAGGGUGAAUACUUCAUUAGGAUCGAAGAUGGCUCUUUCAUAUGUUAUCUCCCACCUACGCUCAAUACCGACUUCGCAAUCCCAUGUGAUCGAUAUGAUAUGGAUAGAAUAUAUACUUCUAUAGCGUUCGAUCCUACUUCCGCUCAUUACGUUGGUGCCGCAAGUAUAACAGUACCUUUCCAAGCGUAUGAUGAAGAGGGUGAGAUACAGAUAGGUCCUGAAGGUGAAAAUCUCAUACCUCCUACCAAUCAACGAUCUACUCUGGAACUUUUCUCACAGGGCUCUGACCCAUGGCGAGUCAUCGAUGGAUACGAUUUUGACCAGAAUGAAGAAGUGCUUUGUCUCGAAAGCGUUACGCUCGAGUCACCAGGUGGAGAAGGUGGGUAUAGGGAUUUCAUAGCUGUUGGAACUGGAUUCAAUUUCGGUGAGGAUAGAGCUACAAGAGGUAACACUUACAUAUUUGAAAUUGUGGAAACUGUCGGUAAAGGUGGUAAAGCCGCUGGAUCAGGUUGGAUCUUGAAGUUGAGAGCGAAAGAUCCAGCUAGAAACCCAGUAUCGGCUAUAAGUCAUAUUAAUGGUUAUCUUCUGAAUUCAAAUGGACCUAAGAUAUACGUGAAAGGUUUCGACGAUGAUCAGCAACUCAUGGGUCUCGCCUUUUUAGAUGUACAGAUCUACGCUACCAGUAUCAAAGUAUUCAAGAACUUUAUACUGGUUAGUGAUUUGUAUAAGAGUUUCUGGUUUGUGUCAUUACAGGAGGACCCGUAUAAACUCACGACGAUCAGUAAAGACCUGCAGUCUGUCUCACCUGUCGUGACUGAUUUCCUAGUCCAUGAGGGACAGUUAACAUUCAUCUCGAAUGAUAGAGAGGGGAAUAUGAGAAUGCUAGAUUUCGAUCCUACUGAUCCCGAUUCGCUGAACGGAGAAAGGGUAUUGCUCAGAACAGAAUAUCAUACGGGUGCUCCUGUGACUACUUCCAAGGUCAUUGCUAGACGUAAGACUGCUGAAGAGGAGUAUGCACCGCAGACGCAGAUCAUCUAUGCCACAGCAGAUGGAGCUUUGACGACAUUGGUAUCUGUCAAGCCGGCGCGAUUUAAGCGAUUACAGCUGGUGUCAGAUCAAUUGGUCAGGAAUGCUCAGCAUGUAGCUGGAUUGAAUCCCAAGGCUUUCAGAGCUGUUCAAAAUGACCUAUUGCCCAAACCUUUAUCAAAAGGUAUAUUGGAUGGUACAUUGCUGUCCCACUUCGCGCUUCAACCCUCAAAUCGACAGAAAGAAAUGAUGAGACAAAUUGGUACGGAUGCUGUUACUGUUGCUAGUGAUAUAGCUGCUUUGGGAGGAUUUUGGUAG